AUGCCAGUUCGAGCUACGAUUGUUUCUCUCGGGAUGGUGACGGCUGCGGUGCCGGUAAUCCUGGUCUCAUUGCUGGCUCGUAGGACUCGCGUACUUGCGUCUGAUGGAGCGACCGAGAUUCCCUUCACAGUCGAUCUCCAGCGCUCGUUGGCUCGAGGUCUUUUAUCCAUCCUCCCGCUCGAAACGAUCCGUCAAUUUUUCAAAGCACGACCAGUCAAAUUCAUCAAGAAAUCAAACCGCUUCGGCCCUUUCAAGGACCAGCUAUGUAUCCCUGUGUCGAACAGUUCAUGUAAUGGGUAUUGGAUCUGCCAAGGUCCGCCGGGAUGUCCGCAGACACCGCAGGAAAGCGACAUUGUCCUUCUGUGGUUCCAUGGGGGCGCCUAUUGUUUCGGUGACCCCUUGGGGCCCGCCGUCAAUCUCCUUCGUGUCGCAGAAAUCGCAGCUGCUCGAGGUGUUUCCAUGAGCAUAUUCUCCGUCGAGUAUACGCUGGCACCCGCAGCAACAUUUCCAAGCCAGCAGCGCGAGGCUGUGGCGGCUUACCUUUAUCUCUUGCAGAAUCAGGGCAUUCCUGCAAAGAAAAUUAUCAUGGCAGGGGAAUCGGCCGGCGGGCAUUUGCUCCUUUCUUGCUUGAUGGGUCCGCCUGAGACAGGCUUAGCAAGACCUAAAGGCGCAUUGCUGCUAUACCCCUGGGUUAAUCUGACUAACCAUUCGCCUACGUUCGAGAGCAAUCAGCACAAAGACGUGCUCAGUAAGCGACUUCUUGAUCGUUGUGUUGAAAGCGCUAUCGGAGAGCGUGGUCGUGUGGACGCCUUGAACCUGGAAAAUCUUCUCAAGCAGUGGAAGCCUGGAACUGAGAAGUCCUGGAAGGAGAUCUUGCCAGCGUAUACAUGGGUCAAUGUUGGCUCACAUGACGUUCUACUACAUGAUGUUCAGACCUUUGUUGAGAAAGCUCGGGCCGAUGGGGCGCGACUGGACCUGGAAAUCGCCGAUAAACAACCACAUGCCUGGAACUUCUCGGUGGACAACCGUUGGGUAGAACUGUUCUGUAAACUGAAACCCGGUGACAGAGUGCCAGUUGGGAUGAUGCCUGGAAGCGCCGCUAUUGCCGAGGGGCUCUUCAUUGUCUUGUAUGAGGGGAUGUGA